AUGGGUGAUUUACCUGAGCUUCGUGUGACUCCAACGCGUCCAUUCUCUCGAAGUGGAGUCGACUUUGCUGGUCCAGUUUAUGUGCUAAAUUCUAAGGGAAGAGGAGCUAAAAGCAGGAAGGCUUACAUUUGCAUAUUUAUUUGCAUGGCAGUAAAGGCGAUACAUUUAGAGAUGGUGAGCGAUUUAACAUCUGAUGCAUUUAUAGCCGCAUUCAAACGUUUUGUUGCCAGAAGAGGAAGAUGUAAUGAAAUCUGGAGCGAUAACGGAACCAACUUUGUUGCAGCCAAUAAGGAGUUAUUUAAAAUGUGGAGAGAUGCAGGACUGGAAAUCCCUGGAUACAUAGCAGAUCAAUUAGCAAGUGAUGGCACACAAUGGCAUUUUACACCACCUUACACACCACACUUUGGAGGACUCUGGGAGGCUGGUGUCAAAUCAGUCAAGCAACACUUACGAAAAACACUGACAUCCAACUUAACAUUCGAGGAAUUCAUGACAGUGCUUACACAAAUCGAAGCAUGUCUGAAUUCUCGGCCUUUGACACCGAUAUCCACAGAUGUGGACACGAUCGAGGACAUUCAAGUACUGACCCCUGGACAUUUCAUAAUUGGAAAAGCACCAGUUACGAUACCAGACCGCAAUUAUACUACAGAGAACUACAGUCUGUUAUCCAGAUGGCAAUAUACUCAAAGACUGGUUCAAACGUUUUGGAAACGCUGGAAGACUGAAUAUUUGUCCCGACUUAAUCAGCGACUAUAA